AUACUAUAUUUUUAUUAAUUAACAUAAAUGAACAUUAAUCAAUUAAUUAAUUAAUUAAAAUAUCUUACAAGUUUCUCCUACUAUAUUUAAUAUUUAUAGUCCCUUAGAAUUCAUCAAAAGUAACAUAAAAGUAGUGUUCAAUUCACACUUCACUCUUCACCGUUCAUCUCUCAACCUUUUCUUCCACUAAACCAAAUCCUUGUUCUUCAAGCAACAAAAUGGAACUUCCCAUCUUGCUUCCUCUCCUCACCCCUUUAUAACAAUCACUCUUCUUCUCUCUUUCUUCUUAUUCCUUUCUCUAAAACAACUCCACUAAACUACUCAUCUCACAUCACUCAACUUUUUCAAUCAACUAUCACAAAUAUGCUUAAUUUUCAUCUCAAACUCUUCAACUUUACUUCCCUCACAACUCUAAUUCCAUUCCUCAUUCUUCUAUUCCUAAACCAUGUUGAAUCACAAGGAUCCAUGCAAGCGGUUCCGACCGACAUCUCUCAACAUAGAUGGCAACCUUCCCUUGUAAUCACAGGAGGUGCCUUACUUUGUCUACUUCUAUUCUUAGGAAUCAUCUUUUGCUACGUCCGGAAUUGUGUCGAAUCACGCAUCAUAAUCACUGAUUGUCCAUGUUCAUGUUCACAAGGUAUCAACAAAGAACUCCUCAACACUUUUCCUAUCCUCUUUUUCUCAACAAUCAAGGAUCUUAAAACAGAUAAAGGACCAUUGGAAUGUGCAGUUUGUUUAACAGAUUUCAAAGAAAAUGAUACCUUAAGAUUACUACCUAAAUGCAACCAUGUUUUUCACCCUCAAUGCAUUGAUUCAUGGUUAGCUUCACAUGUUACAUGUCCUGUUUGUCGCGCAAAUCUUAACCAAGAUUCUUGUCAAGUAGCAAUGAUUAUUCCAACUCAUUUCAACAAUGACCAAACGUGUGAAGAAAGUCCCGAAACCGUGCCCGAAAUCACUCUAAAAACCGUACCUGAAAUCGCUCAAAAUAAUGAUUCCAAUGACCAGAACCAAAACCCGAACCAAAUUGGCGAUGAAAUGAACAAAGAAGAAAGUAUCAAUUGUGAAGAUGGGCAUGCAUCAAAAUUGAAACUUUCACGGUCAAAUUCAACCGGACAUUCAUUGGUUGAACAAGUGACAUGUUCGGAGAGAUACACACUGAUGUUACCAGAUGAUGUUAGAAGGUACAUUUUGGUUAACCAUAGAAAAAGUUUUCAGCUUUCCAUGAACAACAACAUGGUUAAAGGGUUAUGUUGGAGUGAUAAUGAAGGGAGCAGUGUAGGGAAGAGGAUCAAUAGUGAUGCAAAGGUGGAGAAAUGGGUUUUGUGUACACGACAUGGUUGAGGAAUUUCAUCGAACAGUUUGUAUGCAUUAUGCUUUACAUCUUCUGCAAACUUUGGUUAUUGCAGGAAAAUCUUAGCAAAGUGAAGAAUGGUGAUGUUAAGGUUGAUUCAAUAAAUGGGUUGUUGUUGAAUUUUGAUGGGGUUAUGGGAAUUUUUUGGUAUAUGAAUGAUGAAACAGAGAAAAAGUUGAAAUGGAAGGAAGAAGAAGAGUAAAGUUCUGGUUGAUUGAGUUAACUCGUUUGGCUUUUAGUUAUGAAAUGUGAAAAUUGCUGGCUUAUGAGAUGAGUUAACUCGUUAUUUUUAUUAUCUUUUGGGUUUUUUUUUUCUUUCUUUCUCUUGUGGAGUUCAAAAGAUGGGAUGAUGGAUUCGAGAGUGUAGCAAAUAUCUUUUCUUGAGUUCUUUAUUUUAUUUAUUUAUUGAU